UGGCCCCGCCCCCCAGGGACAGAAAGAUGGCGGCCACCGUGGGGAGAAUCCUCGGGACCUCUGCAAGGGUUGCAGCUGCAGGGCUGAAAGCGGCGGCCGCCGGCCGAGGCGGCGCCGCGAGAGUCCUGGCCGCUCCGGCGCUCCAGAGAUGCUGCUUCUCCUCUGGAGCGUCCCGGUGGGCCGCCGCCGUCACUCAGCCCGCUCCGGCGUUUAAGGCGACCGCCGUCCUCAACGGCGAGUUCAAGGAGAUGAGUCUGGAGGACUUCAAGGGCAAAUACCUGGUUCUCUUCUUCUACCCGCUGGAUUUCACGUUUGUGUGUCCAACAGAGAUCAUCUCGUUCAGCGACAAGGCCAGCGAGUUCCACGACGUCAACUGUGAGGUGGUGGGGGUGUCGGUGGACUCCCACUUCACCCACCUGGCCUGGAUCAACACGCCACGAAAGGUGGGAGGCCUGGGGAGCAUCCACAUCCCGCUGCUGUCAGACCUCAACAAGCAGAUCUCCAGGGACUACGGCGUGCUGCUGGAGGGGCCGGGCAUCGCCCUGAGAGGUCUGUUCAUCAUCGACCCGCACGGCGUGGUGAAGCACAUGAGCGUCAACGACCUGCCGGUGGGCCGCUGCGUGGAGGAAACCCUCCGCCUGGUCAAGGCCUUCCAGUUCGUGGAGACCCACGGAGAGGUGUGUCCGGCCAGCUGGACCCCCGAGUCCCCCACGAUCAAACCGACCCCGGAGGGAUCCAAGGAGUACUUUGAAAAAGUCAACUGAGUUCUCAACACUUGGUACAAGCUUAAAAAAACCCCAAGUGUUCUCCUCCAGUUUAGAUGUAUUUACUCAAUAAAUAUAUUCUUUGUACCCGA